CGUCGAAGCACGUGCUUGUGGUUUUGUCCGAGAACCCAGUUGACGUGCGAAAAAGCGCAGUUUACAAAUCUUACAAUUCUGUCGCUUGAAUUUACUGAAUGUUAGAAAUAUGUAUAGCCUGUGCCUAUACGUUACAACAAGGCGAAAGCCCAAAAAAACGCAGCCCUUCACUUUUCGAUGUUUUCUUAUCACAUUAUUCUUAGUGUGCAGCUAAGAGGAAGAAAGCAGCCGCAGCCCUGCCUACCGUCGUUCACACAGACGUAGAACCACGGGACAACAAAGAGGGGGUCCAGGUCUGCGCUCUCCAUUAACGCCACAAUAACCUAGCCCGGCAGUGCUGAAAUUUAUCACUGAAGUAGGAAGACCAUCCUGGGAAAUUGAAGAUUGACGGGAUUUGAUACAGAUACCAAUUAAGGUAAGCGUCCCAAAAGCAUUCAUCGGUAGAACCAAACGCAGCCAAGCCCACUCUUCAACGAAGAACGAUGGAUGCCUAAAGGUGUUAGCGAUAGAUAUAUUAUAGAGUCUUACAUCUGUGUGUCGUCCUUGGGGAAAGACAUGGAGUUGGAACAUUUUGACGAGCGGGACAAAGCGCAGAGGUACAACCGCGGUAGCUCACGGGCGAACGGGCUGCCCAGUCCAACGCACAGCGCCCACUGCAGUCUCUACCGAACCAGGACCCUCCAGGCGCUGAGCUCGGAGAAGAAGGCGAAGAAGGUCCGGUUCUAUCGCAACGGAGACCGCUACUUCAAGGGGAUUGUAUAUGCCAUCUCCCAGGAUAGGUUCAGGUCUUUCGAGGCUUUACUCGCCGACCUCACCCGCGCUCUGUCUGACAACGUCAACCUGCCACAGGGGGUCCGCAUCAUCUACAGCAUCGAUGGCUCCAAGCUCACUGGCUUGGAUCAACUGGUGGAAGGAGAGAGCUACGUGUGCGGCUCCGUGGAGGCCUUCAAGAAGCUGGACUACACCAAGAACGUCAACCCCAACUGGUCGGUGAACGUGAAGACCCUGGCCGCCGCCGCCGCCCGGGGCCCGCCCUCCCUCGGCAGCGCCAAGGCGGGCCCCGCGGAGACCCGCGAGACCAAGGACUUCAUCCGGCCCAAGCUGGUGACCAUCAUCCGCAGCGGCGUGAAGCCGCGCAAGGCCGUGCGCGUGCUGCUCAACAAGAAGACGGCCCACUCCUUCGAGCAGGUGCUCACCGACAUCACCGACGCCAUCAAGCUCGACUCCGGCGUCGUCAAGAGGCUCUACACCGUCGAUGGGAAGCAGGUGGUAUGUCUACAGGAUUUUUUCGGGGAAGAUGACAUUUUCAUUGCCUGUGGCCCAGAGAAGUUUCGCUACCAGGACGACUUCCUCCUGGAUGAAAGCGAGUGCCGGGUGGUGAAGUCCACGUCUUAUGGCCGGAUCUCCACCAUGCAGGGCAGGUGUUCCCCUCGGAGCGGGGGACCGUCCCGAAGGAGCAAGUCCCCAGCCUCCACCGGUUCCGUAAACGGGAAUGCGGGCAGUCAGCUGUCCACUCCUCGGUCAGGGAAGUCCCCCAGCCCCUCCCCCACCAGUCCAGGAAGUCUCAGAAGACGCCGGGGCUCCCAGCACAGUGGGUCCUCACUGUCCCUGGCGUCCACCAAGGUCUGCAGCUCCAUGGAUGAAGGAGAUGGAGCAGGAAGUGAAGUGGAGCAGAUGGACGAGUACCCCCAGGUGCCAGCCUCCAUCGCAGAACGCUACAAAGUGGGCCGGACGAUCGGGGACGGGAACUUUGCGGUGGUGCGCGAGUGUGUGGAGAGGUCCACGGGGAGGGAGUACGCCCUGAAGAUCAUCAACAAAGGGAAAUGCAGAGGAAAGGAACAUAUGAUCCAGAACGAGGUGUCCAUCCUCAGGCGGGUGAAGCACCCCAACAUCGUGCUGCUCAUCGAGGAGAUGGACACAUACGGCGAGCUCUACCUGGUCAUGGAGCUGGUCAAGGGGGGUGACCUCUUUGAUGCCAUCACUUCCACCAGCAAGUACACAGAGCGUGAUGCCAGUGGCAUGCUGUAUAAUCUCGCCAGCGCCAUCAAGUACCUGCACAGCCUCAACAUCGUACACCGUGACAUCAAACCAGAGAACCUGCUGGUUUACGAGCACCAAGACGGGAGCAAGUCCCUGAAGCUGGGAGAUUUCGGGCUGGCCACUCUUGUGGACGGCCCGCUGUACAACGUGUGCGGGACCCCCACAUAUGUAGCACCAGAGAUCAUAGCCGAGACUGGGUACGGGCUGAAGGUGGACAUCUGGGCUGCCGGCGUCAUCACCUACAUCCUCCUGUGCGGCUUCCCUCCUUUCCGCGGAAGCAGUGAAGAUCAGGAAGCACUCUUUGACCAGAUUUUGAUGGGACAGCUUGAUUUUCCUUUACCGUACUGGGACAAUAUUUCCGACACCGCUAAGGAGCUCAUCACAUCGAUGCUGCAGGUGGAUGUGGAUCAGAGAUACUCUGCUCUCCAAGUGCUGGACCAUCCCUGGGUCAACGACGACGGCCUGGCGGAGAACGAACACCAGCUGUCUGUGGCUGGCAAAAUUAAGAAGCACUUCAACCCUGGCCCCAAGCCCAACAGCACCUCUGCUGGAGUGUCUGUCAUCACCACCACCGCUCUUGAUAAGGAGAGGCAGGUUUUCAGACGAAGACGCCACCAGGAUGUGAGGCUGGGGCCCCGCCCGCCACAGAGCGGCUUCCUGCCCCCCGCCCCCGCCGCCCCCACCAGCCCCGCCCCCGACUUCACCUCCGAGUCCGAGGACUACUCCCCCAGCUCCGCCGAGACCGUCCGCUCGCCCAACUCGCCUUUCUAA